AGGUAAGCAACAAGACUUCGACUAGCUGGAAUGAAUUCGUAACUUGAGCGGGGACUUGAGAUUGAGCAAGUAUCGAGUUCCACAGGGGCUUCCCCGGGCCUGGUCUCAUCUUAAAUAUCCAACUAAUACCAGGUCAGUGUCUCCCAUCGUUUCCCUCACCCACCAUGUCCGCCGUAUUCACUACUGAACAAUAUGACGCACCCCGCAGACCUCAACGCCUUGCUCUCUUGCUAACUCCUAUACCUCCUCCUGCAUCUUUACAAACAACCACACAGUCGCAACCGUCACGUUUGCUGUCAUCUCCGGUUCCUGCUACGCCAACACCUCCACCUCGUAGCCAGCGAUUGCGUUCGAACACUGCGGCAUCCGCUCCGUCCAGACCGCGUCCGCGAAGGAGACGUACCCAAACGCUGUCUGCUGGUACAGCCACGUCCAUGUCAUCAUCACACCCAAAUAUACCAUUCGCUUCGUCCUCAUCUUUCAUACCCCCUACCGGACAUAUCCGAACCGCGCAUUUCCUCGACGAAUCUGGAAGUCCACCACCGUACUCACCAACCCCGCCUGAGCCGCCCGAGUGCCUCCAGAGCAGUAGCACUAAUUCUGCUUCGCCGUUCCUAGCGAAACGUGCGGCAUCCACACCUCACCUACACUCACCUCCUCUAUCUCCCAGCUUUCCUGCACAUCCUCAUUCAAUCGAGAGUUCACGCAGACCUUCAACUUCGACUUUACAUGCACGAAGAGCAAGACAUGCGUAUGAAACAUCGGAUGACCCUGAUACCGAUGCGUCCAUGUCUGAAGAUACCGUUAUCUAUACUUCAACUCAACCGAGUCUUGCGGGCACACUCAGGGCGCGACUGUUUGGCAAGGGAAAGGGAAGAGCGGAUUUUGAGGAGCGUAUGAGACCUAUAAGUACAACGCCUGGGGUAUUGGGAGCGGGUGAGACGGAGACGGAAGGUGAAGAUUCUUCGCCCCGCCACCUACCAACGGCUCGAAUAACUUCUUCCUCCACAAGUAAUUCAUCAACCUUCCUCUCCACCCUUACAACAGACGCUUCCGCCAUCCUUCCCUCCCCACCUCGUUCGCUCAUCCCAAUCCUGUUCGAGCUAUCAAGACUAUUAAGCAUUGUGCCCGCCGUAUUUGGGACGCUUUACAAUAUUUAUCAUAUUGUGAGACCCCCAGAUAGAGGCAAUUGGACGAGAGCCGAAUAUUUCGUUAGUGCACUUUGGGUACGUGAUUUUCUUUUCAAUCGAUUUAUUAUCAUCAUUAUUAUUGCUAUGUCACGAUGGAUGAGAGUGAUUGUAUUGAUUUUGGAAAGUGUAGUCGAUCCUUACUGGUUGGCAAUGUCUCCAACUCACGACGGGUCUUUUGAAACGAUGGAGAGUGUACUACAGUCCUCUCCCAACCUUGAUCCGAUUACUCGCUUUACAAGCUAUAUGUUGGCCCGCCACUCACCUCACCUUAACCUUCCUCGAACACGAGAAACGUCCAUUAGUCUGUUGGGCCGUCAUCGCCACAACGACCUGUUGCAGUCGAAGUAUCCAGAUGUGGGUAACGUCCAACAUCAUCGUUUUCCCUCAUCCCCAUCAUCAUUCACAUCACGGGUCGCCAUCACAUACUGCUUCAUCUUCCCCACUACGCGAUAGGGAUAGGGAUAGGGAAAGGGAUAGGGAUGUGGGAAAUCGGGGAAGAGACAGUGGGGAAGUGGGGAAGGAGAAAAUGAAGAUGAGUAGGAGGCGGAAGUGGGAUUGGGGUGCUGUGGGUGUGAAAUGUGCCCUUCCUGCUGGGAUGAUUUAUUUCCUCAUGGCGUGGGUCGAGAUCUUGAGACGCGAGUUUGAAAGUCGGUCUUCGCCAACGAUUUCUUGUUGAAAUGGGCGUUGGGAAGAACGACGAUGAGAACAACGCGACGCGACGGUGGAGGGGUUAGUGGCAGUCAUUAAUGGACUUCCAAGUAUUGAGUCUUGACACUGUUUCUUAUUUAUUCGGGUCCGCUCUUUAAGGGGUUUUUUCUGCUACAGGCUCUCGAUUUAUGCUUUUUGGUCGUCCUUUCUGCAUCGUGCUUUACUGUACAACGUUAGUUUGUGUAAUAUAUCAUAUGUACUCGGCAUUCCCACAUCAGAGCACCUCCUGUUGUACCAUACCUGUGGAGCUUCUACUACAGCUACGGACAAAUAUUCAAAAGUUAGCCCCGGC